CUGUAUACCAACCGUGAUCACAGAAGAGAGACGCUACUUUAGUACUUAGUGAGCUCUUUCCAUGAAAACAUGGAGUCGCCCGCGUAUAGGAAUUUAAUGAGAAAAUAUUGGAAUAACAGUGAGGAUUGGAACACAGUGUUAUAAAUAUCAAAAUAAUUGAGAGAGAAAAAAAUGAGAAAAUGUGCAUUCACCUGUUUUUUUGUGUAUUGUGAAUUUAAAAAUCAUUUAUGUAAAAACACAUGAAUUUUAUUUUGGAACAAUAAAGUGUUCCAUGUUCGUAUAAAUAAACUGUUGAAUGGAAUACACAAAUAGGUUAACAAUUUGAUAGAAUUUAUGAACGACUUAAUCACUUUCUACACAAAAGUAAUAAAUCAGUAAUAAAUCAUUUAUUUGCGAAUUAUUUGAUUGUCAUGUUGAAUUCGUGAUACGAUCUAUUUAGAUCGAAUACAUCAGCGUAUAGUGAAAAACAGAGAAAAUAUUCAAAGGGAAGUGUUGUUGUUUUUUUUUGGCUGACCAGUUUUCCUAAAACCGUUCAAAACUGGAUUUGGGAUAUUACGAAAGUGUGAGAACCGGAUCUCAAUAUGAGCCCGGCGGGUUCUCAUCUAGAAACAUGCAGCAGAACAACGGAAAUAUGACACAACGCGAAGGAAUUCAUAAAUUCGAGAAUGAACGAAUAAAGACUCUUCAAGAGGAACGUCUGCACAUCCAAAAAAAGACCUUUACAAAAUGGAUGAACUCAUUCUUGGCCAAGGCUAAAAUGGAAGUGGAUGAUUUGUUCAUUGACUUAGCCGAUGGAAUAAAACUUUUGAAGUUGCUUGAAAUAAUUUCUGGCGAGAAACUGGGCAAGCCAAACAAUGGACGAAUGCGUGUGCAUAAGAUAGAAAAUGUCAACAAAAGUUUGGCAUUUUUACACACGAAGGUUCGACUGGAAUCAAUUGGAGCUGAAGAUAUUGUUGAUGGAAACCCCCGCUUAAUAUUAGGCUUGAUAUGGACGAUAAUAUUGCGAUUCCAAAUUCAAGAAAUUGAAAUUGAUGUGGAUGAGGAUAAUGAGUCUUCAGAGAAACGUUCAGCAAAAGACGCUUUACUUCUUUGGUGUCAAAGAAAGACAUACGGCUAUCAAGGAGUUUCUAUUCAUGAUUUCACAGCAUCGUGGCGCUCUGGUUUAGGUUUCAAUGCCCUUAUUCAUUCGCAUCGUCCCGAUUUAUUCGACUAUUCCAAAUUGGUCCCAGGCAGGAAUAUUGACAAUUUGAAUCAUGCCUUCAAUGUAGCAAAUGAUGAACUUGGAAUAAAUCGUUUGCUUGAUGCUGAAGAUGUUGAUACUGCUCGGCCAGAUGAAAAAUCCAUAUUGACUUAUGUCGCUUCGUACUACCACACGUUUGCACGCAUGAAAAAUGAGCAAAAGAGUGGAAAAAGAAUUGCAAACAUUGUUGGAAAAUUAAUGGAUGCAGAUCGGCGAAAGGCUCUUUAUGAACGCUUAACUACUAAUUUAUUGAGUUGGAUUCGGCAAACAACGACCGAACUUGAAAAAAGAAAUUUCCCAAAUUCCUUAGAGGGUAUCCAAAAGCAGUUAUUAUCAUUCAAGCAAUACCGCACAAUUGAAAAGCCACCAAAAUACAAAGAACGUAGCGAAAUUGAAGCCUUAUACUUUACAAUAAACACGCUGCUAAAAACGCUACAUCAACCUCAUUACACGCCACAAGAUGGGCAGCUGAUUAAUGAUAUAGAGAAAGCGUGGCAAAGAUUGGAAAAUGCUGAGCAUCAUCGUGAAGUCGCACUGCGCGAAGAACUACUUCGGCAAGAGAAAUUGGAACAACUGAACUAUAAAUUUGAAAAGAAGUCUAUACUCAGAGAGGGAUAUCUUAAAGAAAUGAUUCAAGUUCUUAGUGACCCCCGAUACGGUGCUAGCUUUGCUCAGGUCGAUGCAACUGUUAAAAAACAUGAAGCAAUAUCAGCUGAUAUCUUGGCUCGAGUUGAGCGCUUUAAUGAUUUGACAGCGAUGGCCGAAGAGCUCGAGAAAGAAAACUAUCAUGGCAAAGAGCGAGUUAAAAAACGUGAAUCUGAGGUGCUGGAAAAAUGGCGAAAAUUACUGGAACUUCUUGAAAAUCACAAAAAUAACCUAGGUCAAAUGAGCAGUCUUAUGAGUUUGUUACGAGAAAUCGAUGCAACUCUGAUAAGCAUGCACGAACUAAAGACCCAAUUUGCAUCCGAAGAUGUUGGACCUCACUCAUUAGGAGUUGAAGAAUUUUUACAAGCACAUUCUUUACAAGAAUUGCAAGUACAUUCUCUGGGCGAAACACAGCGACGAUUUAUCCGACAAGGUCAAGCGAUCAAACACGCCAAUCAGAAAGACAUAAAGCUAUUGGAAAAAAGUUUGAGUGAAUUGGACAAAACCUACUCUGAUCUACAAAAAGCAUGUGCUCAGCGCCGAAAUCGAUUGGAAGAGGCGCGAAACUUUUAUUUGUUCUUAGAAGACUAUGACAAUGAAGUUGGUUGGUUAGUUGAAAAACAACGCAUCUGCAAAACUGGCAUAUCGGCAAAAGAUUUGAGAGCAGUCGUUUCAUUACAACAAAAACACAAAGCGCUUGAAGAUGAAAUCAAAGUUCGUGAACCAAAAUCCACGCAAAUGAUUGACGCAGGACGAAAACUUAUAUCUGAAAACCAUUUACGUCAAGCUGAAAUUAAAAAUCGUGUAGAAUCAUUACAAGAGCACUGGAAAUCUCUUCAAGAAUUGGUAGAUCUUCGACGCAGACAAUUGGAAGAUGCAUCCGAAGCAUACCAGUUUUAUACUGAUGCCAACGAAGCAGAAAGUUGGUUAAAUGAAAAAAUCACACUACUUGAGUCAACAGAUUAUGGUGUAGAUGAGCCAUCAGCACAAGCACUAUUGCAUCGACAUCGCGAUUUACAGGGAGAGCUCAAUGCCUAUAUGGGAGACAUUCUAAAUUUAAAUCAGCAAGCCGAAAAAUUAAUUAAAGCUGGCAUUUGUACGUUGGAUUUACAAACCGCUGAACCUGAGCCUAUGCUUGAGGCUGAGCAAGAGGAAUGGGUGAAUGAAACAAGAUUAGUUCAAAAAGAAGUUUGGGAAGAGGAACCAGUUGAAAAAAUUGAACACAGAAUGGUAACUGAAAAUAAGUAUUUGCCGCAUGUUCGCGCCGCAUAUGCAUUUGAAGGUCAAGGAAUGACGAUGAGUAAGGGUGAAAUUUUGAUCUUGCUCAAUAAAACUAACGAAGAUUGGUGGUCAAUACGUAAAAUGGAUGGAUCGGAGGGAUUUGUUCCAGCUAAUUAUGUGAAAGAAAUUGAGGCUCGUUUGGUUCCGUGUCUCGAGAAACGAAUUGAGAAAAUUCGUACAGUUCAAAAAGUUAAAAAAUCAAUUCUAGUGCGACAGGUAGUUCCAGUCAAACGAAUCAAACCAACAAAGGUUUCUCAAGUUCGUCCGUUAGUGAAACGUCGCCCAGCAAAUGAAGCAAAUGAUAGUAGCGAUAGUGUUGAAAAGAGACAAAAACGAGUUAACUCAACAUACGAUCAAUUACAAUUGCUCGCCCAAAAGAGGUAUGCUCUCCUCGAAGAUUCCAUUUGUCUUUUCGGUUUUUACCGAGAGUGCGAUGACUUUGAGAAAUGGAUUAAGGACAAAGAGAAGAUGCUUCAAAGUGAGGAAUUAGAUGACACCGAUGUUGAAACUGCCAAACGUAAAUUUGAAAAAUUCCUCACCGAUUUAUCGGCAUCUUCAAAGCGUAUUGAAGCUAUUGAUUUUGCUGUUGAAGAUUUCAUACGUCAAGGUCAUUCGCAAUUAGAUAAAGUGAAACAACGCCAGCGACAAAUUUAUCAACAAUGGGAAAAUUUAAAUAAACUGAAGGCUCAAAAAGAGAAAAAUCUAGAAGGAGCUUCAAGCGUUGAACUUUUCAAUCGAACAUGUGACGAAGCUAUUGAUUGGAUGAACGAAAAAAUGACACAAUUAGAUAUUGCAGACGUUGGUCCGGAUCUUAAAACUGUACAAGCAUUACAAAGACGUCAUCAACACUUGGAGCGAGAGCUUGCACCGCUUGAAGAGAAAAUUACCCGAGUCAAUUUGCUCGGAAACAGUGUGAAGAAUUCAUAUCCAAACGAACAAUCAAAUGUGACAAAUAGACAGAAAGAAAUCAAAGAAAUGUGGCAAAGAACACAAGAUAAAGCCAGGGAACGGAGAUCAAGAUUGGAGAGUGCGGUUGGCCAACAAAUUUUCAUAAACAGUUCCAAAAGUUUGCUUGCUUGGAUUGAAUCAAUAAAAGACACGUUAUUGGCAAAUGAGAAGGCUCGUGAUGUAGAGACAGCCGAAAAUCUUCUCAAAAAGCACAAUGAACUAGGUGACGAGAUCAAGGCCCAAAAUGAUGAGUUCAAAGAAGUUAUUGCUCUUGGUAAGCAACUGCAACAGCGUAAUACAAGCAAUUUGACUGAUGUAGUGGAUUUGAUAGAACGACUGGGAACCGAACGAGACGGCAUUCACAGCAAGUGGUUAGACAAGCAAAAUCAGCUGCAACAAGGAGUAGAGCUUCAGGUUUUUAACCGUGAAGCAGAUAAGAUCGAUGCAACAACCAAAAGUCACGAAGCAUUUUUGGAGUACACCAAUUUGGGAAAUUCAUUGGACGAGGUGGAAGCGAUUAUAAAACGACACAAUGACUUUGAAAAUACACUGGGUGCUCAAAAUAAGAUAAUCAAACACUUUUCUGACAAUGCGGACAAAUUAAUUGAAAAUGGGCAUUACAAUUCAGAUUAUAUCAAUAAACGUAGGAUCGAGGUAAUAAUGCGUCGAAAUGCUGUUAAAGAGUCAGCACAAAAGCGUAAAACAACAUUGCAAGCAUCGAAAGACUACGAAAAAUUCCGAGCAGAGGCUGGUGAUUUAAAUACUUGGCUUGAUGAUAAAAUGAGAGUGGCCGGUGAUGAGAAUUAUCGUGAUUUGAGUAAUUUACCUUGGAAACUUCAGAAACAUAAAGCGUUUGAGCGAGAGUUGAGAGCGAACGAAGGUCAGCUGCGGAAUAUAAAUAAGGAUGCAGACAAUUUGAUAUCGUCCAACAAUCGAGUGCCCGAAGUGAAAGAAACAUGCUCUGAGUUGAACAAAAAAUGGAAAAAAUUAUUGAACCUCUCUCAAGACAAAGGAAAACGCUUACAACAGGCCGUUUCUCAGCGAGAUCAUAAUCGUUGCAUUGAAGAUGCCAAAAAGAAAUUACAUGAGUUUGAAGGGGCUCUUCUGAGCAAAGAUGUAGGACAUGAUCUACGCAGUUGCAAAGAAUUCUUGAACCGACAGCAGAUGCUCGAGUCAGAAAUUUAUUUAUGGCAACAAAAAAUUGAUGAACUUGUAUCGUGUGGAGAGGAAAUGGCACAUGAAGGUCAUUUUGAUUCGAAUAAUAUCAAAAGCGAAACAAAAGAUAUUCAAGAAGAGUUUAAAAAGUUGGCGUUGCCAAUACAAAAUCGUCGAGCAUUUUUGGAAGAAAGUCUGAAAUUCCACAAUUUUGUCUUUGAACUCGAUGCAGAAAUUCAAUGGAUUAAUGAACAUUUGCCUGCUGCAACUUCUACUGAGCUAGGGCAAAACCUCCAUCAAGCGCAAAGUUUGCAAAAAAAACAUAACAAAUUACAAGCUGAAAUUAAUGGACAUGAACCGACCAUAAAAAAGACAUUAAACUCUGGGCAAGGAUUAACUGACCAAAAUCACCCAGAGGAAGAAAAGGUUCGGGAACUAUGUGAAGUUGUUGCGAGUGCAUGGAAUGACUUGGUUGGAAAAACGAAGGAAAGAAGUGGAAAAUUGGAUUUGUCGUUGAAGGCACAGCAAUAUUUAUCAGAAGCUGGUGAAAUUGAAACGUGGCUUGUGGAACGAACAAAUGUUUUGAAAUCAACCGAUUUUGGGCGGGAUCGUGAUUCAGCUACAAAACUUUUGACCAAGCAUAAAGGUAUCGAGCUUGAGCUUGACACAUACUCAGGAAUCAUAUCGGAAAUGGGUCACACAGCUGCUAGUAUGAUUGUAUCGAAACAUCCAGACAGCAAAUUAAUUGCAUCUAAGCAACAGAUGAUUGAGAAGAUGUUCAAAUCGUUGCAACGUCUCAGUGGACAGAGGCAAAUUCGAUUAAUGGAGAGCAUGUAUCGGCACGAAUAUUUCGCUGAAUGUGCUGAGCUUGAGCAAUGGAUCAAAGAACUAGAGCAAGCAGCAUCUUCUGAAGACUACGGACAGGACUAUGAACAUUUACUCCUUUUGCAAAACAAGUUCGACGAUUUAAAACACAGGGUGGAAAGUGGUGUUGAACGUUUCAAUCAAUGUAACGAUUUCGCGAAGAAACUGCUGGCUUCCGAAUCACCAUACAUUGCCGACAUUGAAAAAUGUCAAGAUCAGCUAAGCACAUCUUGGCAGAACUUAUUGCAAUUGAUAGCAUUGCGUGAACAAAAAUUACGAGGAGCUGGAGAAAUUCACCGUUUCUAUCGUGACGUAACAGAAGCAAUAUUCAGAAUACAAGAUAAGAAUGCAGCUAUUUCAACCGAAAUGGGGAAGGAUCUAAACUCCGCGUUGGCAUUGCAUCGGAAGCAUGAAGGAUUUGAAAACGAUUUAGUGGCACUUGAAGCUCAGUUACAAGUUUUAGUAGAAGACUCAACUCGAUUGCAAAAGAAAUACCCAACGAAUACCACAGCAAUACGUCAACAACAUGAGAAUGUAGUAAAAGCAUGGGAGAAACUCAAGGAAAGAUCAGCACUUCGUAGUGAUCAGUUGGCUGCUAGCUGUGACCUGCAAACUUUUUUAACACAAGUCAGAGAUUUAAUGUUAUGGGCUUCAAAUUUGCGUGCCACAUUACAAGCAGAAGAACAUGUUCGUGAUGCCGCUGGAGCGACUGCUUUGAAAAUUCAACAUGAUGCCAUUUACAACGAAAUUGAAGCGAGAGAAGAGAAAUUCCGGUAUCUUAGUGAGUUGAGCGAUUCAAUGGUACAAACUGGACAUUAUGCUGCGGCUGAGGUUGAAGAACGUUGUUCAGCACUUCUUGACGAACGUAGCAGAUUGCAUACGGCUUGGAACAAAAAGAAAGUGUUAUUGGAGCAAAAAAUUGAUCUAUAUUGCUUCCUUCGCGAUGCAAAGCAAAUCGAUAGUUUAUGCAUUUCCCAAGAAGCUUCGUUGGGAAGCACAAACUUGGGGCAAACGGUUGAAGCUGUACAAGAUCAAAUAAAACGGCAUGAUGCUUUCGAAAAGUUUAUUCAAACACAGGAAGAAAAAGUGGCACUACUUCAGGAACAUGGAGGAAAAUUGCUGGAACAGAAUCAUUACGACAGUGGCCGUAUCGACGAGCGAUUGCGUGAAGUUAUCGAACGUCGUCAAAAAGUUAAACGUUUAUGUUCUUUACAACGACAAAAAUUAGACGAUGCAUUACUUUAUGCACAAUUUGUUCGUGACUGCGCUGAAGCAGAACUUUGGAUAUCAGAAAAGCAUAAAAAACUUGGUGUUGAUGGUGAUGUGAAUGUUGACACUGACCUGCUUGAGGAUAAAAUUAAAAAAUUGCAAAAGCAUCAGGCUUUACAGGCUGAAGUAGCUGCCAAUCAAGAAAGAAUAAUUGAUAUUAAGAAAACCGGAGAAAUUUUAAUCAAUAAAAACCAUGAAAAUGUUGCUGAAAUAAAAGAAGUGAUAAGCAAAGUAUUAACAGCUUGGCGCGAACUGUUGAAAGAACUAGACCAACGAGGCCGUGGCUUGGAAGAGGCUCAGGAUAUCCUUGAAUUCAACAAUCAACUGGACAAGAUUGAAGCAUGGAUCCGCGAUAAGGAGCUUAUGGUUCAAGCAAAGGAUAGCGGAAAGGACUUGGAACAUUGCACACAGUUAAUUCGUAAAUUAGAUGACGUUGAUUCGGAUAUGCGGGUUGACGAUCAACGGAUUAAAACUAUAAAUACGUUGGCAGAUAAGCUUAUGAAUCAAGAGCAAGCCCCAAAUGCUCUGAAAUCAGUACAACAACGAAGGAAUAACUUCAAUUCAAAGUGGCGAGCUCUUCAGGGCGCGCUUGGUGCAUACAGAUUCAUGUUGAGUGGUGCCCACGAAAUUCAUGCAUUCAACCGAGAUACCACAGACACUUCAGAACGAAUUGCUGAAAAGAGUAUUCUUCUAAAUUCGGACGACCGAGGGAGGGAUUUGGCCCAAGUCCAAACGUUAUUGCGAAAACAAGAGGCGCUUGAAAGAGAUAUGUCAGCCAUUCAUACAAAACUCAUGAAUGAUGAAAAACAAGCCAACAAAUUGAAAGAAAAAUAUCCAGAAAAUAGUGACGACAUAGAUCAAAAGUUAGAUGAAUUGAGAAAGUCAUGGGAAAAUCUAAAAAAUACUAGCGUCAAACGAAAACAAAUUCUGAACGAUGCAUAUAAAGUGCAUAAAUUAGCUGCUGAUGUUAAAGAGAUCGAACAAUGGGUUAAUGAUAUAAUUAAAAAAAUGGACUCUGCACCAACUCCUACAACCAUUACGGAAUCGGAAUCGCAAUUGGAACUACAUCAAGAAAGGAAAGCUGAAAUUGAUGGACGAGAUGAAAUGUUCAAAAUAUUACAAAGCCGUGGUGAAGAAUUAAAAGCAAAUAAAGAUUCGGUUACAGAGGAUGUGUCGAUUACUUUGAAAUUGUUAGAUGAUAUGAAGAACAGUGUGCGUAAUGAAUGGCAACUGAAGGAAGAACAGUUACGAGAAGCGCAUGAGUUACAACAGCUCAAGCAUCAAACAGAUCAAAUUGAAAUAUGGCUCGCAAAUAAAGAAGCAUUUUUGAACAAUGAUGAUCUGGGUGAUAGUUACACGGCUGUUGAAGCUCUCAUAAAGAAGCACGAAGCCUUCGAAAAACUAUUAAAAUCGGAUAAUGUGGACCAUUUGGAACAGUUUGCCAAGAAAAUUUCCAGUAAAUAUCCAAACCAAAAAGCUACAAUCGAAAUGCAUUUGAACAAGGUAUUGAUUCGAAAAGAAAAACUCCUCGAUCGAUCCAAGAAUCGUAAGAAGAAACUGGAAGAGUCAUUCCAGCUGCAGCAACUUUUAAGGAGUUUGUAUGAAGUUGAAAGAUGGUUGAGUCAAAAACUGCAAAUUGCAUUGGAUGAAAGUUAUCGUGAACCCAGCAAUUUGCAAAGUAAAAUCCAGAAACAUGCGGUUUUUGAUUCAGAACUAAAUGCAAAUACCAGCCGAGUGGAAGCUGUCAUUGCAGAAGGAGUUGGUUUGGUGGAUGCAAAACACUUUGCAUCGAAAGAAAUCAUAUCACAAUUGGAAAUUUUGGAAAACGAUUGGCAAAGACUACAAGAAUCCUCACGUAAUAAAAAAGAUCGCCUAUCAGAAGCAUAUGAAGCAUUAAUUUUCAAUCGCAGUUUGGACGAAUUCAAUCGAUGGAUGGAUGAAGUAGAAUCACAUUUGUCAUCUGAAGACUACGGCAAGGAUCUUGCUUCAGUAAAUAACUUGGUAAAAAAACAUGAACUCCUUGAGGCAGAUGUCAACCGUCAUUCAGAAGUAUGCGAUACAAUUACUGAAACUGAUACAAAAUUCUUCAAUUCCAAUCACUUUAUGAAAGAUGAAAUUCAUGAAAAAGCAAUGUUGGCUGUCAAACGGUAUCACUCAUUGCACGAACCAAUGACCAUUCGUCGCGAUAAUUUGGAAGAUUCACUACAAUUGCAUCAUUUCUUCCGUGAUGCUGAAGAUGAACUACAGUGGCUCAAUGAAAAAGAGGCUCUGGCAUCUUCAAAAGAUUUGGGGACGAGCUUAUCUUCCGUCCAGAGUUUACAGAAAAAACAUCAAGCGCUAGAAGCUGAGAUUUUGUCACAAGAGCCGUUGAUAUCAUCCUUAAUACAACGCGGACAGCAGAUGAUCCGAGAUGGUCAUUUUGCUUCUGAAGACAUUGAAACACUUUCAAACUUGCUACAGAACAAACUAUCAAACCUGCGUGAUUUAACAAGUAUUCGACGAUUAAGAUUAUUGGAUGCUGUCGAAAGUCAAAUGUUCUACGUUGAAGCUAACGAAGCCGAUAUAUGGAUGAAGGAAAAAUAUCCCAUUUUUACAUCGACCGAUUAUGGCAAAGACGAAGAUUCAGUUCAAUCAUUGCAGAAAAAAUUAGAUGCAGUCCAACGCGAACUAACUACUUUUGCAACAUCAAUUGGUAAAGUGGAAAAAUUAGCUUCAGGAUUGAUCGAACGUAAACAUUUUGAUAGUGAAAAUAUUAAAAAUAAAAAUGAUUCAAUCCAAAACUUAUACGAGGAAAUGAAAACAUUAGCGAAACAACGUGAAAGCCGUUUGAUUGAAAGUAAGAAAUUGUACAAAUUCUUACGGGAAAUUGAAGAAGUGCAUGAAUGGGUAGCUGACCAAAUGGCUGUAACAGCCUCUGAGGAUUAUGGUGAGGAUGUGGAGCAUAUCGAACAGCUAAUUGUGUCAUUCGAAUCUUUCGUUUUGAAUUUAACGGCCAAUGAAAAUCGCAUCAGCUCAGCAGUGAUCAAAGGGGAAACGCUAAUAGCUGAAAAAAGUCCGUAUUGCACGACUAUUAAGACAAAAGUUGGUGAAACUACACAACUAUGGGAAGAAUUGAAAGAUUUAGUCAGCGCUCGACAAGAAGCAUUAGCCGGAGCAAAACAGGUACAUGUUUAUGAUCGCCGUGCAGAUGAAACUAUUUCCUGGAUUAGUGAGAAAGAUGCAGCACUUUUAUCAGAAGACUAUGGUCAAGACUUGGAAACAAUCCAGGCCCUUGUUCGGAAACAAGAAGUUUUUGAAACUGAGCUGGGGGCAGUAAAAGAACAAGUGAAUGCUGUUGUCGAUGAAGCGAAACGCUUAGCCGAAAUAUAUCCCGAUGCCAAGGAACAUAUUGAAGUGAAGAGGGAUGAAACCAUUGAAAUGUGGACGGAAUUAUUGGAAAAGACUGCCACUCGAAAAAUAAAACUCAAACAAGCCGAACAACUUCAGGCAUAUUUCGACGAAUACCGUGAUCUAAUGGCUUGGAUUAAUGAAAUGAUUGCCAAAAUAACAGCUCCAGACUUGGCAACGAAUGUUGCAGCAGCCGAAGCAUUAUUGGCUCGUAUCAAAGAGCAUCGAACUGAAAUUGAUUCAAGAAAAGAUGCUUUCGAUAACUUUUACAAAAAUGGCCACCGUAUUAUAAGCGAAAAACAUUUUUUAUCAAAUGAAAUCCAAGAUAAAAUUACUGUUUUGAGGCAACGUCACGAGUUGCUGGAAACUACGUUACAAAAACGGCACAAAAUUUAUGAGCUGAAUUUAGACACUCAACUCUUCUUGCGUGAAGCUGAAGUGCUCGAAAGUUGGAUUCACAGCCGGGAACCACAGUUGAAAGAUCAUAAAAUGGGUGAAAACAUUGCACAAGUUGAAGAGCUAAUACGACGCCACGAAGAUUUUGAAAAAACAGUAGAAGCACAGGAGGACAAAUUCCAGGCAUUGAAACGUAUAACAUUGCUGGAAAGUCUCUUCAAAAAACAAAAAGAAGAUGAGUUAGCAGCAAAACGUGCGGAAAAAGAACGUAUUGAAAAAGAACGUUUGGAAACAAUUAAACAAAGAGAGGUUAAACGUAUUACUGAAGAACGACGACGAAAUGAAAAAGUUAAUAUUUCACACGAUCAAUCACUUGAAGCAGACGAUUCACAAAGAAUUGCACCUGUACCGUUGCAACAAUCAGCGUCACACGAUGGAGUGGCCAUGACAAAUAGCAACAAUACUGUGCAGAAAUCAAGUUCUAUUGUUAACUUAUUUGGGGAACGUUUACGACGUGGUUCCGACUCUAGUAACGUCAAGCGUGCUGAAAGUAUGAAAAUUGGGCCGAAACUCCCAAAACGUACACCUUCGUUUACAACACGUCGUCGAGCACAAAGUUUCCGGAAAAAUCAACAUCCGGAUCAGUUUGAUUUGCCUCCAGUUGAAAUACAAGGGAUGUUGGAACGUAAACAUGAAUUGCAAUCAGGUGGAAAGAAAGCACCAGUUCGCUCAUGGAAACCAUUGCACACUGUACUGUGUGGCCAAUUACUUUGUUUCUUCAAAGAUGAAGAAGAUUUCUAUCAAAAAAAGGGCGCCUCUUCUCCUGUCAACAUCCUGAAUUCACGAUGUGAGAAGGCAGAUGACUACACAAAGAAAAAACAUGUUUUCCGUUUACAUCUUCCUGAUGGCUCAGAAUUUUUGUUCCUAACCGCAAAUGAAGUUGAAUGUUUAGAUUGGAUCAAUAAAAUAUCUUUCCACGCAUCCUUACCUCCAAAUUUACAACUUACGCCCUACCAAGUAAAGCAAACACAAACUAAUAGUCCAGUUGUUGAAGUAUCGCCAAUAAGCUCAAGGACAAGUUCACCUGAUUCACAAAGACGUAGUUCACGUCAAGAUUCAAUGAGUAGCACCGUUUCAACAGGAAGUGGAUUGAGUACUCCUCAGACAACAUUCCUCCAAAAAACGAAAGAACUACGUGAACAACAAGCUUCCACGACUGCACUCACAUCGUCUACCCCUCAAGCACACGUUCAAAGUACUACAGUUUAUAGUGCAGACAAGCCUCCAAUACCACCACGGGGACUACCACCACCCGUUCCACAGCGUCAAAUAUCAACAAGUGACAGUGUUCAACUUCGUAAUCGAUCAACAGAUGGAAGCAGUAACUACGGAAAUGUGCAAAAUAGACCGCACUCCACAGACUAUCAGAACAAUUCCUCAAAUGAUCAGUAUAAUCAACAGCAUUUCAAAAUGGAGCCGCCACCUUUACCAGCAACGCUACCACCGGUAGGAAGCCACAACAUAAAACAGACGCGAAUUUCAGCAACGACUAUGUCGUCCUAUUCGAGUGGCUCAAAUGUCAAUAAUAAUUCUGAGGCAAUGAUCAGAACUACCACAUCUUGGCAUUCACAAACUCAUAACGUCGGUUUUAAUAAUGGAGAAAAUGUUGUAUCCAACCAAAUGUUGAAUAACAACUUCUUGGAUAAUGAACGAGCUGCAUCCGCUAUUGCGGCCGGAUGGGGGGCAACGCGUUUCGAUGCAAACACCCGGCCACUAUCAUUGCAGCAUGAACCAUCUUCGUCCCGAAUUUCAGCUGAAAGUUCGAGUGAAAGUGAAGCACAAUCCACUAUUAGCACUAGCAGCGUUGUCAGCGGUGGAAGUAAGGACAAGGACAAGAAAAGCGGAGUGUUCCGCUUAUUUUCAAAGAAAAAACGCUCAAGUCAAUUGAAUUAAUUAUGUAUUGCAAUCUUGCUAAAGAAUUAUGAAAAAAAUACGUUGGUAUUUCAGAAAAAUCUUACUUGUAAAAAAUGGUAAAAAAUAAACAAUUUUGUACUUUGUAUUACUUUA